UUAGAAAAUAUUGACCAUUGAGGAAUUAACAGUCUUUAAGUGAGGAUUGUCCUGAUAAAAAAUAUUUAGUGUGUAGUUUAGAAUAAGAAGAAAUGACCUCUGUCAAGUGCAAGCUUAGUCGGAAUCGUAAAAUAUCAUCAAUUUUGAUGAUAAGUAGGUUGAAUAAUUAAAAAUAUAAUACAAUUCAGUGCUAAAAGUAUGCAUAAAAUAAACCUAAUUAUAUUCUCAUUACCAGUUUUUCUGUUUGUGGUCGUUGUUGCGAAUUCAAAGGCGAUUAAUUAUAACAAUAAAGUACAUUUAUUGUGCAGUUAUGACAAGCCAAUUAGUGGAUGUAGAUUUAGUGUACCUGGUGAUCUAAAUGAUAUUCAUUUAUUUGACGAUGUGCGAAAUUUAGAAAGAUAUAAGUAUGAAUACUUUGGAAAAGGAUUCAAAAUUGGUGAUUGUGGCAUCACAAUAAACAACGCUACAAGUGAGAAUGAGGGACGCGCAAUUUGUACACUGACAGUUAAUAAUAGCUUUGAGGUAGACGAAACGGUAGAAGUCAAAGUAUUUGAUUUCAAUAAUUUGCAUAUGGGCUUGCCAAAAUUGAAAAUACUAAAUAGCGGUCCUCUGAAAGUAAGCCAAACGUUGGCGGCAGAAUGUGUUAUGAAGAGCACCGAUCAAUAUUCAAAAAUUUCAUGGUUGCUAAAUGAUAAGCUUUUAAACAAUUCAAAUUCUUUAACAAUCAAACGAUUCGAGCGUGAUAAAGGAACAGUUUUUGAAUUAAAAUCAAUUUUGAAGCAUCAACUUGACACACUUGAUAACGGAAGCACUUUGAAGUGUCGAACAAGAGUUUCUAAUUACUCUCAAGAGUUUGUGGAUACAACACUAGAUCUAGUGGUAUUAAAUGAGACAAGAUUAAUGGAGCCUAAAAUUGGCUUACCAUUUGACAUUUCCAUAAAUGUUUUUGCCUUUCCACGCGUCCUCUCUUCAAGAUGGAAAGUUAAUAAUCGUGUCAUUUAUUAUGGAAAGUCAACGAAUGAAUUCAUUUCGAGAGAACUUAAAUAUCUUGGCAAAAACGAAUGGAAUGCUGUUUUACAUAUUAUAAAUAUCACAGAUCUAAAUAUUCAAUAUAACUACACACUUCAAGUCAAUGAUUCGGAUGGCACUAAAUACUAUAAUGUACGUCUCGAUCAAUCAAUUAAUGAAGCAAAUUAUCCGAAUGAUGAAAGUAAUAAUGAAAGCACACAACCGCAGGAGGAGGAAACAACAAUUUCAUUAAAGUCUCUGAAUAUAAGUGAAAAUUCUAUAACAUCAUCACCAAAAUUGAAUUUUACAAAGCAGCAACAACUUCAGCAACAAAAAGAAGAAAAAUCAAACACGUUUAGACGAACAACGACCAGAUAUUACCAUUAUAAUAACAAUACUAUAUCACAACCAUUUACCACAGAAAGAAGAACAAAAAAUACUCGAAAGCAACAGAAAAAUACAUCUAUAUCGAUAACAGAUAUGACAAGUGUCUCUUCUACUACUACCUCCACCACUAUGACAACAACUGAAUCGAGUAUUAUUGUUGUUAUGACAAAGGCAUAUACAAAUGAGACUGAGGGAAAAAUGACAACAGAAACUGCUGUCGAUGAAAAUUCAUUUAAAUAUGAAGAAACAACUGUACAAUUCAAUAAUAAUGAUGAGGAGAUUGAAACAAAGGAAUUCAAUACGACAACAAGUAAAAAUUUAAUUGAAAUUAUCGCAAUAGAUAACUCAAAUGACCUAAAACGAUUUGAGACAACGAUUGAAAGAUUCUUCAUUAGAGUAAGUUUCGUGACAAUGGUUCUAAUUAUUGUAAUAUUUCUCUUACUGCUGUGUCAUUAUCGACAUCAAGUGACUUUGUUAAAAACUGAAAUUAUUCAAAUGAACUUGGAAAAUUAUUACAAUCAAUCUUGCCUGUAUCCAUUGACAUUUAACGACUAUUCAUCAACAAAUUUUCAACAGAAUGAUGGCGUGCCAUUUUAUAUUAAAAGGCCGCUAAAUGUUAAUCAUAACACUCCUAAUAGCAGUAGCGGAGAUUCUGACAUAAGCAGUAGUCAAUUCUUGUGUACAUAUAAUACGAACAGUCAUCUAUAUCAAAGUAUAGACGCAGAUGAUAUCGAUAAUCAUGUCUAUGACGAGAUCAUUCAGACGAAAGAAAAUGAUGUGGGAAAACCGAAUAAUUAUGAGAAUAAUGAAUCAUUUAAUAAUAUUAAUGAAAUGUUAAUUCCAUCACAUUGUCAUACUCUCAUGACCAUUCAUGAGGAGGAGGAAGAGCUUGAAGCUAGUCAUAUCCAAAUAUUAUCAAAGUUGGAGUCAACUUACAUUUAAGGAAUUGUUGUAUAUUUUUUAUUCUUUAUUUGAUUUUAAAGAAUGAGAAAAUUGUUGUAAGCAAAAACUUAUCUGAGCUGUGAGAUUAGGGAAAAAUCAUGAAGCUAUCAAACAUGAAAUAUUGACACAAGAGACGAAUUGCUAUAAUUGAUUUUUUUUUGUUGUAUAUGAGUCUAAAAUAGACGCAAUUUGAGAAUGUAUAUGCGUAUGUAUACGUCUGAGCCUUAAGGCGACAGACUGAAUGACUUUUCAAUUGAUUUUUUUUUAUUCUACAGAAUCUUCUUUCUCUUCCAUCUCGAUUAUUCUCAUUUCAAGCAAAUAAAUACAAGUACAAUUGUGGAUUUCCAUGAGAUAUAUUAUAUUUAUCCACAUUUUAAAUAUUUUUCAAUUCCAUCUUCGUCUUCGUUUUUUGUGUCUGUACCAAGAAGGAUCGCAUUAUUUCGUUAAAUCUGAACUUGAAAUUAGCAUUAUUCAGAGGGUAGAAAUUUAAAUUGAGACGGCUAAAUGAGAAUUUCGCCUGUGUUUUCGAGAAAACGCACUGCCGUGUAAAUGAAUUAUAGAUUUACAUUUCUUAAUAAAAAAAAAAAACUUUUGUAGAUGAAGAAGAAAAAUUAUUUAAUUCAAUUUAAUCUAAAUUGGGGGUUUAUUAUCGGAUAAGAUUGCUUCUCAAUGAAACUUUUUGUUUAUGAUACCAGGAAAUUUUACUUAAGUGCUUAAAGCAUGCGAUGACAGCAAAGCUUUUGAAUAUAAGCACUUGAAUAAAGCUUUAGGAACAGUCGAGUGUAUUUACAGAUCAGUAAGUAAGCUUGAAGUGAGGGAUAAAUCUAAGCAUCUCUGUUAGAAGCUCAGAAGUAAAGCUGUUUUAGUGAUAAAAAAAAGUUAUGGUUCAGAGUAGAUUAAGGCUUCUCCUGAUAGCCUCUCGAUUGGAACAUUAGUCAUAAUAUCAUAAAUUAAUAACUAGAUGUAUAGUCGACUGAUAACGAAUUUUACAAAACGUUCAAAAUUGUCUAUCCAGGUUAUUAACUUGACUUCAAUUUGUAUCAUAGUUGGAAUAGAAAGAUAAGUUUGUUACACCAUUCUUGGUUAGAAUUCGCAAUAAAUAAUGCUUCCAAGAGCUCUAAAAGCUUCUUGGUGCAGAACAGUGAUGAAAGAAUGUCAGUUUAAUAUGCAGACAGAGAAUUUGUACAAACUAAGUUCUAGAGCUAGCAACUGAGUUACAUGGAGAGCUUUUUGUUGUAGCAGAAGAAGAAUCAGGUCCUUUAAAGAAUCAGGACAUUAAACCCCUAAAUU